AUGGGCCAUGGCUCUGACGAGUUCAUAUCUGAAGCCCAUUCGUUGGUGACCCAACUUUACGAUCCCGCUAACCAGCGGAACCCGGCCAAAAUCGACGAGGUACAGUCGCAACUGCAGCACCUUCAAAAGAGCGAACAUGCCUGGGAAAUUGCGGAUUCGCUUCUUCGGGAGCGCUCUGCCCAUCACCGUUUCAUGGGUGCCCUCACCUUCACAGUCAAAAUCAAUGUAUCAGGUGGCGAGGUCAAAGAAACCAUGGCAGCCCAAAUUUUGGAGCUCCUCGUCAAUCACUUCAUCACUAUCGUGAAUGAGGGUGAGCAGGCGUUUGUGAUCCGAAAGCUUGCCUCCAGCCUUAUUGCGAUCUUCCGGCAUCCGACUAUCCCGUGGAAACGGGCGCUUUGGCAGCUGGCUGCCAGUCUUGCGCAUGGGAAUUUUGUCCAGGAAGAUCAGUCCCAGACCGUGGAUUUCCUAAGUGGUGUACUGCCAGCUCUUAGUACACCGCAGGCCACAGCUUUGUUAUUCUUUUCGGUUUCGCUGGCUGAAGAAACCUUGAGGUUGGACACUGAGCCUCAGAAUCUCGUGGCGCCCGUGAUUCAGCGGGCGGUGUCCAACAUCAAAGAUGGCUUCUUGCUGGUGCAAUACAUCAUGCGGCAGAUCGCUCAACACCCUUCCAUUUCGCAGGGUGAAUCUCCUGAAAUAACGCUCGCAAAUGAAGCCAUGAUUGCCUGGAAGGCUUGGCUAGGAGUCUAUGGGAGUCGCCUGCACCCUGGACAUGGCGAAGAACGUCGGGCCUUGGCAAUUUCUUGCGGACAAGACAUCAUAGAGACCCUCAGAAUUCCUAGUUUGAGCGAGAAUGCAGCAUCUAUAUUGACCCAAGCUUUUGAAACCCGCAGUUGGGCCUUCGACGACAGCUCCAUUUUGCUCAUCUCACAAGUUCUCUCUGAUUCCAUUGUGACAUUGCAUAUAUCAGAAAUCACGAAGGGGAAUGAAGGCGCCGAGAGCAUGACAUUUGUCGACCUUCUGGUCGCGUAUGUGUCGCAUCUUCAAAUGAAUCUGUUCAGUGAUCCGAUAAAGCCCCAAAAUGCCCAAAUCUUGAGCAUCGUGCACAACAUCUUCAAGACUCCAGGAUACGCUGUCAUUGAUGACCAGGCAACACCUCGCGUCUUGGAGUACUGGAAUGAGAUAGCGGAAAUUCUUCCCGACGAGCUGCAGCAAAGUGAUCCUAGGUAUCAAGCAGUGAAGAGUCACUUGGCGCAGGUUGUUCUUGGCUUAUUCAACAAGCUACUGUAUCCCACUCCUGGCGACCUGUCGGACUGGAGCGAUGAUGAAAGAAGUGAAUUCAACGGAUUCCGUUACGAAGCCUGCGACUAUCUCUUAUCGGUUUAUCCCAUCCUCGGCGUGGAGUUGGUGAGUGUUUUCCAAGAAAGCGCAACUACCCACCUUCGAACGAAUGAUUGGCGUGGAUUUGAAGCUGCCAUGUUCUGCAUUGCGCAGCUAUCAGAGGCUGUCGAUGAGAAUGGGCAUGCAGAUCAAUGUCUUGAUGCCAUCUUUGGCAGCGAUGCCUUUUCUCGCCUCUGCACCGGUGGUGAGAAUGUCAUUCCGUUGAAGGCACGUCAGACGUUAGUUGAUGCGUUUGGAAAAUACGAGUCUUAUUUCGAAAGGCACAAUUCAUUGCUUCCAGGUGUUCUGAACAUCCUUUUUGAGUCACUCACCUUCGAGACGUGUGCCCCGGCGGCUUCGCGAUCUAUCCUGACGCUUUCCAAGUCAUGCGGCCGUGUGUUGACCACAGAGCUCCCGGUUUUCCUCGACCAGCUUGACCAAUUUCGUACAAAGCCGACGGCAACAGUGUCAACGAUGCCCAAAGUGCUUGAGGGCAUUGCAACCAUCAUACAACGAUUACCUACCGAUGAUGAGAAAGUGCAAACUCUUGAGAGGAUUCUGCGCUUCUUCGUCCAGGAAGCUAAUCAGGCACGAGAUGAAGCUGCCAAUUCUGCGUUCGAAAUUGCCCGUGCCCAUGGCCAUCUUGUGCUUGGCUGUAUCGCCAGUAUUGGACGGGGUUUGCGUGCCGAUACAGACGAGGUUAUCAACAUUGACGCAGCGGAAGAGCAAAAUCCUUACCCGCCAUCCUUCUGGAAUGCUGGGCCCGGCUCCGGUGCCCAGCAACUUAUCAUGGAAGCAAUGAGGCUUCUUAUAUUGGAUUUCCCCGUGGACAGUGGGAUCAUUGAUUCUGCGUGCGACAUACUCAAGGCUGGUUUCCCACUUGGUAUCUCCGGCACAGAUGUCAUCAUGGCUACCGCCUCCUCAUUUCUAGCCUCGCAUGCUUCUCACUCGAUGCAGAUCAGGGAUGAAGCCGUGGCGUUAAUAGUACACGUCUUCCAGCUAUUUUCUUCCAUGCUGGAUAAUCCUGACAUUUACGACCCAGAGACCGCAAAUGCAGGCAUUGAUUUCCUCGCGCGUCUCCUUCCGAAAUACUACCCCAUCCUUUUCUCCUUGACUGAGCCACUCCCCUCUGUAUCAGGCUCAGUGUCACAAGGUCUGCCGGUUUUCGUGGUCCUGUUGAACUUUACGCUCCACGCUCUCACGCGCCCAGAGCCUUUGACCCUUCGUUCUGGGUCCGCAUUCUGGGUUGCCAUGCUAGAACUUCGCGGCGGCUCACCGGAGGAGACGGCUGCCCUCGAUCAAGUCCUCGAGCAAUUCAUUCCUGCGCUUUGUGAGACUUUAAUCCGCCAGAUCGCAGGGCACUGUGCACGUUCGGAUCUGCUGUCGCUCAACGAUGUUCUGCGGCGCACAGUCUUUAAGAAGAUGGGACUGGCUCGCCCAAGUCUCACCGCGGCUCUGAAUGCCCUCGACGCGCAGGUCACAAAUGCUGAUGGCCACCAGGCUUCAGUUCUUUCGCCGCAGGAGAAGUCUCGGUUCCUAGAGUCGCUAAUUGUUGCUCGCGGACAGCGACAACCAUCGCUGGAGCUGGUUCGAUCAUUCUGGUUGAAGUGCCGAGGGAUGGCAUUUGACUAUGCCGGAUAG